UUAUAUGGUUUUGUAAGUGUAUACUGAAUGUAAAACAGGAAUAUUUAAUGGACAUUUGGUUAUGGGCACUGCUUUCCAUGCUAAUUCUGUUAUUAUGGAUUCUUAUGCGCCGUUUGACACGUAAUAAACAACCGACACGUAUUUUGGCCAUAGCUGGCUCAGGUGGUCACACAACUGAACUGAUGCGACUUCUAUCAAGCUUACCAACCAACCUUGAACGGCAUUAUGUUCUUGCAAACACUGAUCAUUUUAGCAAGAAGAAAAUUCUGGAGUUAGAAUCAAAAAUCUCGACAAAAUCAAACCAUUUUACCUACGUUAUACCAAGGAGCAGGGAAGUGGCACAAUCAUGGAUAAGCACAAUUUUUUCCACACUGUUUUCGUUAUUAUAUUGCAUCCCUGUUAUUUUGAAGAGCAAGCCUGAUAUCAUAUUGUGCAAUGGGCCAGGAACUUGUGUGCCUAUCUGUUACACUGCACUGCUAUUUAAACUUUUCGGAAUCUGUCGCGGUGAAAUCAUCUUUGUUGAAAGCAUAUGUCGCGUUACCAGUAUGUCCUUGAGUGGGAAACUUAUUUAUCCAUUCGCAACAAAGUUUUUUAUACAAUGGCCUCAACUGCUGGAAAAUUACCCAAAAGCAAUUUAUCUCAAUGGCAGAAUUUGUUAAUCGCAAGCAGUUUAACUUUUAAUAAAAAAAUAUUUAUUCCAGAACUAAGAAUGGUUUUUGGAAAAUGUGCAAUUGUUUGAAA